UUGAUUGCUAGUGUCAGGCUCCGCCCAACGGGAUCUCUAGUGGUCCACAGCACGGGGUUUCCCAGGACGCGGAGUCUAAGUCCCAGUCUGCCUUUUCACCAGGGCCCCUGAUGGUGGGGAUGGACUUGGUGCAAGGCUGGAACCAGGUCGCGCCCUUGGGCACCCCCGGCGGUGGUAGAGGGGUCCUGCUGAGGGUAUGUGCCCGGGAUGAGCCUGCUGCGAAGGGGACGACAGAUCCCGAUCCGAGCGGGAUGGAUGGGUGCCAGCUAGGAGUGAGCGAGGUCAGACUAGCCGGGUCGGUAUUGUGCGGCAGCGUGGUACAGGGGGAGUAAGCGGAGAAUGGUCGGGGUCACAAGCCAGGAUCAGCAGGUAGCGGGCAG